AAAAGUUAAAGUUCCACCAGAGUCAAGAUGAAGGACCCGCUGAGCGUCUGUACUUACAAUCUGCUGUACCAGGACCUGAAGAGACUCUCCAAGAAUGGAGAAUAUUUCUGUAAGGAGAUCUUGACUGUGUUUCAACAAAGAUCUGAUCUGGAGAUAAACUAUUCUAAAGGACUUCAGAAGAUUGCAAGCAAACUCCUCAAAGUCUCCAAAGAAAUGUGUGACAACUCCUCAUGCCGAGACUGGUCCUUCAUAUCAGAUGAGAUGUUCUCCUCCGCAGAUGCUCACCGAAUAUUGGGAAACGCCCUCAACCAAGAUGCUAUUCGGGAGAUGCGUCAAAUCUUAGAUGAACACUCCAAAAGAAAGAGGCCGCUUGACAACGCCAUUGAGAAAUCAGGAAAACUUGUUCUCACCAACUGGAAUGAGCAGAUUAAGCUGAAGAAGAAGCUGAUGGGUUUAACAAGAGAACACGAGGCGCUCUUUGACUUUGUGGAGAAAAAUAAGCACAUUUGCACCGUGAAGGAAAAACAGAAGAUGUUCAAUAGAUUAACAAAAUCAGCAGAACUUCAGGCAAGAGUGGAUGAAGAAUACUUCAACGUCAACAUGGACGGUCACCACAUCCGACUGAAGCUGGAGAAUACCCUAAAAACCUGCCACCAGAUUGUUCUGGAUCUGGAGAAGCAGAGGAUAGAAACGCUAUCAAACACUCUGAAGAAAUACAGUCUCUAUAUAAAUGUAUAUGCACAGAGUAUCAUUCACAGUCAGAGUCAGAUUGAGCAGUCGGUGACUGAAGUGGAUGUGGAGACAGAUAUCCAGUUACUGAUGGAGAACAUCUACACAACAGCAGAUGACAACAGAGCCGAAUUUCUCAUGGCCGACUACUUUGAGGAGGAAGGGAAAACAAUCAUGUCAAAGGACAGAAGGAAAGAUGCCAUCAGAACUAAACUUCAGCGACUCGAGGACAACAUCACCAAGACAAAGAGUGACAGAGAAGGUCUAGAGAAAAUGGUGAAAGUUUAUACAGAACAACCGAACUUCUCAAAUCAAAAGAAUCUGGAAGAAACCGAACAGUUGCUUGAGGAGGCCGUACUCAAACUUGAUCUUUUGGAGGCCACACACUGUAAACUGAGCGUCGGUCUGGCAGAGUUAGAGGGCAAACCCAAACCUCGCCAUCGCUUUAGUGACAGCAUCACCAAAUGGAAAGACAAGGAUUGUGAACACAGCGUGGUACAGCUCUCUCGGCCCGUGAGAAUCAAGAAGACACCGUUCAGAUCACUUCAGUCUGUGAGAAGCUCUGUGACGUAUAAGAACCCUGCAAAGUGCGUGUUGACCAAACACAACCCUAAGAACAUAAAUGAAGAACCGACUGACGUCAAACAGAACACAGAUGAAGAGCAGAACUAUGCAGUUAAUGGAAGUACAUCUGAAUCUUUAGAAGGUGCAGAAUUCCGCUCUACGGGCAAAUGCAAGGCUUUAUACAGCUUUACAUCAGAGCGAGAGGAUGAGCUAAACAUAAAUGAAGGAGAUGUUCUUGAGCUCUUUCAGAAGGACGAGACAGGCUGGUGGUUCGGUGAACUGAAUGGACAGAGAGGACAUUUCCCUUCCAAUUAUGUUGAAGAGCUUCCGCUCCUUACUGCAACAAAGUCUUCUGACGCUUAAAGAACACACGAAUAACUCACAGAAUCAUGAUUCACUAAUGCUGGAUGUAUGGCAAAUAUCACUAUAAAUAUAUUUUUAGUGCAGAUCUGGAAUUAUUUAAUAUUUUAAAGCAGAGCAUAACCAGGAACAUACAGACACUACUACACACACUUCCUUUAUAUUAUAUAUCAUUUAUAUUUAGAUAAUAAUUUAUGACAGUGGGAACUCUGCAAAUUGUGAUUUCUGAUGCGAUUUAAGUUGAAACUAAAUGUAGUGAAAAAUGAACUUUAUGUUGUUUUACGAGCAAAAACUGGGUUUAUAAAUGCACUUUAAAUUGA